GUUGAGCCAGACUUGCAAACGUGGUAAAUAUGUUUGCGAGAUUAUUUGGAGGAUAAGUGCAGUUCGCAACUGAUUUAAGAUUGUAUUCUCCUAUCACUAAAAUUAUAAGUAUAUUUUUGGCGGCAAUGUUAGUUUCUGCCCGUUACGGGACGCCAAAAGGAGUAGUGUUAGUUUGGUAAAUUUUUAUUUACAUGGUAAUGAUUAGUUACAAAAAGGCUGCAAAAUAAUGAUUCUUAGUUAUUUCCUUCUUUAUUUUAAUUUCAUUUUAACCAAGUUUGUUUAUUUUAUUUCUCUUGGUUUGACGAGUUCUUGAUCGCCUUCGGCUCAUACAUCCGGUGGCACUUUUCUGGGGAAGAUUUGUUUGGCUGCUCCAUCAUUUGCUUUCUUUUUUUGCAUUUGUACUCCUAGGUUGUACAAUAGAGCUGCCCAUUUAGUGGCUUUUAUGGCUCUUUCAUCGACAGUUCGAGUAGUUGUCGACUGUCGCGUUUGGUUGCUAAGUGUCCUCUAAUGUCUAUACUUUACCCUGUCUAUGACAAAAAAAAAAAAAGAUUCUCAAUCAUUGAAUUCGUAGACAGUUAAUCCAAGGGCCGAGAUUUUGGGAAGUAAUUUUAGGAUUAGCAAAAAGAAUCGACCAACCACUAUAAGCGCGCUCAUCUCGUCUCUCUCUUCUCUGCUUGUCUUUAUCUAUCUUUUUUUAUAAUUGUCUUUUUUAUCUUUGUUUUCAGUUGAUAUCUUGCACAUUUGAACUUCAACUUCAUAAAAAAAAAAAAAAAACAAAUGUCUCAUGUAACCAACAAUUACAAUAUCAUUAAGAGAACAAUUACGAACCCUUAAUCGCUAUCACCACCUUCAUCUUGAUUGCGUUCAUGCCUCCCCACUCACUUCUCAUUAUCCUCCUUUACAUAUUGUCUCCACGAUGGUUUUGAGUUCUUUUCGUGCUCCUUCACAAUCCAACAAUUAAUCCCCGUUCGAGAAAAAUUUGCUUAUGAAUAACUCUUACCCUCUCUAGCAUUAAUCUCAUCCAUUGAAUCAUCAUUUAUCACCUCCCACGAGUUAAACCCCCUAAUUUUUUUCUUUCUCCAUUUAAUGAAAUAAUUAUAAUCCUAACUUCUAUUUCUUCCAAGAGAGGAAAACAAAAUAGUGACUAUAAAUUGAGAAUAUGACCAAAAAUGUCUUUGGUUUGGGAACGAGAUUGGAAACGUGGACUACUUUGGAAGCUUUCGUUAGUGAUAAGUGACCUCAUCAACACAUUGCUAGCUACACUAGAUUGCGUGGGUCUCCAUCCGUUUGAUUACUAUAUAGGGCUCAUCUCCUUUGUUAUUGACAUGCAUAUACGAGCAACAAACAUAAUGUUGAAAUUAGACGACAACUUUAUCACGAUACAACUAAUUGGCACGUGUAUAAAACGAUUAUCUUGUGAUUGGCUCUUGGACGACACAAAACCAACACUCGAGAUCAAGACGAACACAUUGAUUAAGUGGCAUGAAACUGCACGUGAAGACUUUGAGAAUUGAGAUUCUGGUCAACAUUGUCUUCAAUUGCACCUUACAAGCAGAAAACUUGGCGAGCUACGUACCUCCAUAAUGCUCUUUUGAGGGCUCACUCGUGCUUGUUUGUUAAUUUGGAUUCGGGCCAAAUUCUUCAAAUCGUUUAUAAUUCAAAUCACUUUAUUUUUCAUCCAUAACUUCUUCAUUCCACUAUUUCCAUAGAUUUCAGCCUAUUAUUCGAAAUUCAAUUUCAUGCUAACUUCAUCACUUAUGUACAUCGUGAGAGGUAUUUAGUAUUUACCAAAACGUGAUUAUUUUUCAUUCUCCUUUCUCAUCCAUUGAAUCGAAGAGAACGAUGGAGUACAAUUAUACACCUAAAAUGCAACGAAGAGAAACAUAUGGGCCUACCAAACCUUGUUAUCUUGCACAAAAAUCGCAGCCCAGAGCCCACUGGCAGAUGGGCCUAGAUAACUAAUGUCUCGUUUGUCUGGGCUUAUUUAAUCCUCUCAGCCUUUUUCCAAAAAAGAAAACAACACAAAUAAUAAUAUUUGUUGUCCAUUUCCCGAAUAAUAAAUAAUAAUUCUUAAUUACAGAAAGAAAACAAAACGUAACGCGGACGUUAAUUCGUCAAACCCGCUGGCCGUCCAAAACUAAACUCGCCGACUUCCCCCACCACUCCGCCGUGCCCGUCCCGGCGACAAAAUGCUUUACGCGCCGCGUGUCGUACACACUCCAAUCCGGCGGCGCGUGGCGGAUCUCCCCAUCGCAUUUUGACUACACCCUUGGAGCUCGAGGAGCUGUAAGCCAUAGCUCAUUCGACGAGGCGGCUCUCGUUUUGAUUCGGCCGCUGACACCUCCCUCCCUUUUUAUAAACUCUGCAUUCUACUCCUCUUUCUUCUUCUUCUUCUGCUCCUUACUCUAGCUCGAUCGCCGAUCUCGGCGCCGCCGUGUCUCACGCCUCCCGGAAAUUAGGUAUGUGGAUUCUUUUCCUUCCUCUUCCGUUUCCCGUUGCUUUCAAUUGAAAAAUUUUCACCGUCUGAAACUGGCGCUGCUCGUCGGCUGUGCGCAGAUCUUAGUCCUGUCGCCGUUAGGCCGACGAGAAAGCAAUUGGUGAAGUUUCCGGGGAAGAAAACGAGAGGUUUGUCCCUGAAAUGUCUCGUGGAUUAGACUGCUAGCUUCAAUCCCAAGGAGUUUGUGUGAAGAAGACGCAUAUCGGAAGCCGAGUCGACUCGAUCAGGUCGGGACUCGGCGGUACAGAGUAGGUGCGCGCGUGCUUGCUUGUCGGUUUCCUUUCGCCUUCGUCUGUUUGCUUUUUUUUUUCUCGGGAGCCAAACAGGCCAAUAAAGCAAGCAUUAUGAACUUGUGAAUCUGGUGGCAACAGGUGCGGGGGGGAAACUGAGCUGAGGCGGUGGUGGUGGUGAUGGUUUGAAGAGAAAUUUUCAGGGAAAGAGAGAUGAGUGUGAGCCAUGCGUCGGUUCACCCGGUGGAAGAUCCGCCCACGACGGACGGCGGGAACAACAACAACAACAACAAUGCUCCGGCGAGAGUUCGGAUGAAGGAUGUACAAGGGAUGCCAGGGACCAAAGGGGGGCUGGCCUUGCGAGCGGCUCAGUUCUUCUUCGCCACCGCGGCUCUUCUUGUCAUGGCCACCACUAGCGACUUCCCGUCCGUCACUGCCUUCUGCUACCUUGUUGCAGCAGCUGGCUUGCAGUGUCUGUGGAGCCUUUCUCUGGCUAUCGUAGACAUAUAUGCCAUUCUAGUGAUGCGCUCCUUGCAGAAUCAUCGAGUUGUCUGCUUGUUCACGAUUGGUGAUGGGGUCACCUCCACGCUGACAUUUGCAGCAGCCUGUGCCUCGGCGGGGAUCACAGUACUUAUAGACAACGAUCUCGGUAGCUGCAGGCAGAACCACUGCGUCCAGUUCGAAACAGCUACAGCGAUGGCAUUCAUCAGCUGGUUCACCGCAUUGCCCUCGUUUCUUUUGAACUUCUGGUCGCUCGCCUCGAGGUAGCAAGCAGUCCAAUCGCGUCGAAAAGCAUCCCGCCCCAUCGAUCUCUUAAUUGUUGUCCUCGUUUUUUUUGCUGCCACCGCGAUUCGCGAGAGAGGGAUAGAGUUCAUUCUCUUGACCCUGAAUGUAAUCUUCUUUGCUCUUUUGUUGUUUGUAAAUGAGAACACACACACAGCAAGUAGUUGAUAAAUUUUCCAAGGGGUUGCCAUUGUGCUCUGAUGAUUUGCUUUUACCCUCUUUUUGUUUACUGUAUCCAGUCAACGUGACCUCCCAUGGCUGCAGAGUUGCCAGCUUAACUAUGAUUUGCUGAAUUGCACUGUCAGUUUUUUUGGGGGGAAAUUUUAGGGUUUUCUGAAGUAACUUGUACUGUAGCAAGUGGGGUAUCUGUUCUGUAUAUUUUUUGGCUGUCCUUUCCGGCUUCUGCCAUAGGGCAAUGAACAGUGGACUUGGAGCUGGGGAGAAGGAAAGGGAAAGCUACGUUGUUGGUUGCUUCUGUUGUCGUCUUUGGUGGUGUUAAUGUUGUUGCUGUUGUUGUGUAGGGGAAAGUCAAAGGAAACAAUUGGGAAUUAAAGAAGCUUUGUGUCGGUUCUGUUAAAUGCAUGGGAGAGAUAUGGCGGACAUAACUAUGGCCACAGCCUUUUCCCAUUCAACCCGCCAGGAAAAUGAGCAUUUCGUUGGGAUGAUUAAAAUAUCUGUAAUCAUAUCAGACUUCAAAUGUUCGGUGAACUCGAAGGUGUUAGAUAAUGUAAUCGUUGACUGUUCGUUCAUCUCAAUUCUAAGAUAAAAAUGCAGACUUCAAAUGUUCAGUGAACUCGAAGGUGUUAGAUAAUGAACGGAUUUUUAUUGAAAUGACAAAUGAGAAACUACUACACAUGGAUAUGCAUGAACAAGCAGAACUCAAAAUUCGUUAGUAAGAUGUUAUUGAGCAAUUCCAUAACUAGUCAACUACCACCAUUCACUACAAAUCAAGGUUGUCGACCUGCGGGUUGACCCACUUUGACCCUGACCCGAUGAGAAAAACGGGCCGCACACACCCGUCGGGUCGACCGCCAAAAGGUACCGGGUUGGAGGUCAAAUUCUGUCUUUUUUUCUUUGUUUUGCGAAAUGCGCCUAUUUUCCGAUUUUUCUUUUCGCCUAACUCAAUCUUUGGAAUCCUAAGUUGAACAUUUGAAUAUUAAUGUUAUAUAAGUCUGUGAAUUUUCACUAUAUGUUGAAUCUAAGUACGAAAUGUUAUUUUGGUGUAAUAUUAUAUGUUAUAACUCAUGUUAGAUUAGAUUUGAUAUAAUUUAUCAGGAUAAGUACAAUAUAAUGACGCUUUCCAUAUUUCCGGGUUAAACCGGGUGACCCAUUAACCCUUGAUCCACAAGAUUGACCGGAUCCAGGUCAACCCACGAGUUGAAAACUUUGCAAAUGAACUUUUCUGAGUUGUUCAUCUUUAUUGGUUACUCCCUUUUAAAAGGUUUUCUGGAGGUGCAAUGAUGGGUGUCAUUUCUGCCACCAAAGUACAAAAAAAGACUCCAACAAGGACAAAUACAAACUGUCCUUAUUCAAACUUGGGUACCAUCCUGGUUCUAUGAUGAACUUAAUAUAAACAUCAGAAGAAG